AUGUGGGGAAAAGGGAACCCUACUCCUCUGCUCGUGGGGCUGCAGGUGGUCAAACUCAAGCAUCCCAGGUAUCGCUUCAAGAUCAGCUUGUUCUUCUGCAGCAAUCCUUACUUCUCUAACACAGUGAUUGUUAAGGAAUAUCAAGCUAACAUCAAUGGUGAGAUGUUACUCAGAGACUGGAUAUUUGACAUGGGUGACAGUGACAUCUUUACCCCGAGCACCACAGAGGAUGAUGAUUACCUGUAUUGUGAGAAGUGUCAGAGGUUCUUCCUGAAAAGCUGUGCUGCUCAGAGACCCCCAGUGUUUCUAAAGGACAACCCAGUGGAUAAGGGACAUCUUAGCCCGGCUUUCCUCAGUGUGCCCACUGGGCUUCAAAUUGGUCCAUCCAGCAUUCCUGUGGCUGGGCUUGGAGUGUUUAAUGAAGCAUCUGAUCUGCCACAGGGGUUACACUUUGGUCCUUUUGAGGGCCAGAUCAUAGAAGUGGAACAGGAAUCCAAUAGUGGGUACAGCUGGCAGGUAAGAACCAAGAGGAGAAAAAGCUAUGAGUACAUGGAUGGAAAGGACACUUCUUUGGUCAACUGGAUGAGGUAUGUGAACUAUGCCCAGAAUGAUGAGGAGCAGAAUUUGGUGGCCUUCCAAUACCACAGACAGAUAUUAUACCGCACCUGCCAAGUCAUCAAACCAGGCUGUGAACUUCUAAUAUGGCAUGGGGAUGAGUAUGGCCAGAAGCUGGGUAUCAAAGGAAGCA